AAUAAUAAUAAUAAUAAUAAUAACCACAAUCAUACAAUUAAUAACCAAUUAUUAAUCAAUAAUCAAACAAUAACAAGUCAUUUAUUAAAUUUAGAAAGACGCUACUGGUGCUUAUGUCUAAUGAUAUUUUCAAUAGCUACAUUAUUCGGUAAUUCACUUGUUGUACUCAGUGUGAUUCGAGAACGUUCCCUGAGAAAUGCUACCAAUUGGUUUAUAGUCAGUUUAGCGAUAGCUGAUAUCAGUUUAGCUAUAUUGGUUAUGCCAUUAGCUACAUGGUUGGAAGUUGUCAAUGGUUACUGGGUAUUUGGAACAAUUGUCUGCGAUAUCUUCAUCAUGUUUGAUGUACUCUUCUGUACAGCUUCUAUUCUCAAUUUAGUAGCAAUUUGUCUAGAUAGAUAUUUAGCUGUUACAAAGCCUAUUGUAUAUGCAAAACAUAAUAAUAUGCGAAGAGUUCAAAUAUCAAUUGGUUUAGUAUGGAUAGUAUCAUUUCUUAUAGCUGUUCCCUUAGUAUGUGGUUUAAAUAUCAAUCGAUAUAAUGAUCCAACUAUAUGUCAAUCUUUUAAUGCUUUAUACAUUAUCUAUUCUUCAUUAGGCUCAUUUUAUUUACCUGCAAUUAUAUUGAUUGUUGUUUAUCAGCGUAUAUUUGCUUUAAUUAAACAACGACAUAAAUCAUUACGAUUAACACAAUCAUCAAAACCUAAUCAUUUUCAUGAUCAACAACAACAAUCAAGACGACAGCAACAAGAAGAACAACAUCUUCCUAAUCGACAACAACAAGUCAACGAAUCAUCAACCAUUCAAUUAUGUAAUAUCACUUUUUCAGACAAUAAUCAAAGUAUUCCAAUGUAUAAUAAUAAUACUACUGAAACAGCAAUAAGUAAUCCUUACCAUGAUAAUUAUCCUUCUGAAUAUAAAUUCUCUUCAUUAUAUACAAAAUCAAUAAAUACGUUAAAUAGAAAAGAAGAUAUUGAAUUUCCUAAUGAGUUGAAUGCAAUCACCGGUUCAUUGUCACAAUCUCUACAUGAUGAAUUCUGUCAAGAAUCAAAUGAGAAUUUAUCAGAUAUGCAUUUUGAAGGUCCACGUUUAGAUAUACCACCACCAAAUUUAUAUAAUUCACAUCAAUUAACUUUAAGAAUGAAUCAGCCCAAUUCUAUUGAUUAUUUAAAAUCAACCAAUCAGAUUACAAUGGAGUUCAAGGUUGAUAGAAAUUUGACGAAUCAAUUAGAAGCAUCAUUUAUACAUGAAAAAGGAUUAAUGGAUUUUGAAUUAUGUGAAUCACCUAAGCAUAUUGUAGUCAGCUCAAGUCAGGCAUCACCUUCCUCUCCGUAUGCAAAUGAAGAACAAGAAGACAUUUACAAUGGUUUACCGGCAAAAAAUACACCUUCUGAGCAUCCUAUAGACAGUAACAAUAUAGAAGAAAAGCAACAGAUACAAAAUACUCCAGAGAUGGUACGAGAAGAUGAUUCAGGCACUUCAGCAAAACAAUUCAAUCCUGUCUCAUCACUUCAUAUGGUUAAUACAUGCUGGAUGAACAAUUGUAAUCGACAAUGUGAUAUCAAUAGCCGAAAGUUAUCUUGUCAACAUCGAAUCCCUUUCAAGUCAAAUAUCAUUAACUUAUUUCUAUUACCAAGGAUAAACACUUGUUUAAAUUGUACAGAUGUAUAUACUAGUUCAGUAUCGAGUGAAUGUGAAUAUUCCUGGCCACAUGUUAGUGAAUGCGCUGGUGCAAGUUCAGAAGAGAUAACAACAGAUUCCAAUUUGAUACACCUUAAAGGUGAAUCAACCAAAUACUAUCUAUAUGAUACAACAGCUGACAGUGAAGAUGAUAAUGAUGAUGAUGAUGUUGACGAAGAAGAAGAAUUUGAAGAGAAUGCCAUUGAAGAACUAACCGAUGAAAAUUCUUGUAAAUUUUGUCAACAUGAAAUCAAAUCAAAUUGUGUAUGUGAAUACAAUUUUCAUGAUGUAUAUAACUGUAGUGAAUGUCAACAAUCUGUUAUAUUUCAGUAUACUUGUCAGCCUUCUAAAACUAAAUGUCAUAGAUUUAUAAAUCAUACUGAAAAAAUAUCACGUUUCGUCCCUAAUGGUCACAUCAGUAGUAGAGUUAAAAUUAUUGAUAAAAAUAAUCACACAAAUAUAAUGAAUGAUCAAUGUUACAAUAUGAAAACUGAUAAAAUUCAAUCAAAUUUAUUUGAUAAAAAAAAAUAUAAUUUUCAUGCUAUAUGCUGUAAAUAUCUACAACAAUUCAAUGAUCAAUUCAAACAAAACAAUCAGAUAACGGCGCAAAAUUCAAAUCGAUCAAAUAAAUUAUAUUCCAAGCUAUUUAAAUCGUAUCAUUUAAACACAGAUCAGCAUAAUAACAAUACUGAUGAAGGUAACAUUUAUAAAACUACUUCCAAUAAGAAUAAAGAUGUACAUCUUACAAAUCAAUCUGUAAUAUCUCCAGUCGAUUUAGAUACAAGUAGUGGAAGAUCAGUACAUAAAUCACUUUAUAAUAGUCCAAAGCAUAUUUCUGUUAGAAAUAAGAAUGUACUAUCACAAAAGGAGAAAAAAGCUACUAAAACAUUGGCUAUUGUCUUGGGUGUAUUUCUAGCCUGUUGGCUUCCAUUCUUCUCAAUCAAUAUGAGUUUAGGUCUAUGCAUUUAUCUGGGACCAGAUAAAUAUGGUUUCUGUGAAAUAGCUGGUAAUCUCAUGUCGUCAUGCACAUGGCUUGGUUAUAUUAACUCAGCCCUAAAUCCAGUUAUCUAUACAAUAUUCAAUUUAGAAUUUCGUACAGCUUUUAAAAAGCUUCUACAUAUCAGAUGAUAAACAAUAUUGGCAAAUGGGAAGGUGACAACAAUGCAAGUAGAAUAUACUGGUGAAUUUGUAUUGUAAAGAAAAUAUGAAAUUUGAAGAGAUCAAAUGGACACAGGCAGACAUACAUACACGUUAGUCCGUAACAAUGAUUAAUUGACUUACUAACCCCAACUAUCUGAUAAAAGAGAUUUUCAAUUAUUUUCUAAUUGUAAUAAAAAAUCAACAAAUAAAUUAAUGAUUACUUG